AUGGGAUCUCAUUUUUCCCAUCAACGUUCCAAGAAGAAAGAAAUAACAGGGCAAAAAUCUCCAGAUAAAACACCAUCGCUCAAUAUAUCUUCAGAAUCGGAUCCAUCAGGCAACAAAGAAUCUGUAAUAUUCAACUAUGUCCUAAAGGAUGCUGCAGAAAUCCCCAGCUUCAUUUGGCACAUGAAAUCUGUAGAAAAACUCAAUCUGUCACAUAACCGACUUUCUAAGAUUCCUCCAGCAGUUGCCAAACUUGAACAAAUAGUGGUGCUGAACUUUUGUGGAAAUUGCAUUGUUCACCUUCCCAGGGAGAUUGGCCUACUGAGAAACCUCAAGGUACUUUUUGUCAAUAUGAAUUACUUGUGUGAAAUGCCAGAAGAAGUAGGCUUAUGCAAGAAGUUGGAGGUUCUCAGCUUGUCUCACAAUUUCAUAUCAGGACUCCCUUCCACCUGCCGUGACCUGUCUAAACUAAGAAAGCUAAAUUUAAGCAACAACUGGGUAGUUAACAUUCCCGCAUGUGUCUUCCAUAUCAAGACAUUGGAUUUUCUACACCUGGGUUCAAAUAAGAUUGAAAGCAUAGCAGAGAGCAUUAAAUAUCUGGAAUGCUUGAAAAUAUUGAUCAUUGACCAUAACAACAUUGCUGUGCUGCCUCGUGCAGUCUGCCUAUUGACUUCUUUGGAGUUGUUAAAUGUGGAUUACAAUAAAAUACAAACACUUCCCAAUGAUCUAUUCUUAUUGACAAACUUGAGAAGAAUUGCCUGGAACCCACUGGACAAAGGACUUCAUGUUAUGAACAAUCCAUUAGUCAAGCCUUUGUCAGAGUAUGUGGAAGGAGAACUUGAUAUGUUGUUCAGUUACCUUAAGGAUAUUAAGAAGAUAAACUAA